AUGCUAGAUUUGGAGAUCAGACACGAGGGGGAGAGGCGACACGUCCAACAUUACUGGUUUGAUUCAUGGCCGGAUCAUGCGGUGCCUCAAGCUGCGGACACUCUUGUUAGUCUAGCAUCUGAAGUGAUUUCCUUACCAGGCCCUGUGAUCGUCCAUUGCAGCGCAGGAAUCGGGAGGACUGGCUGCUUCAUAGCUUUGGCCACUGGGAUGACACAGUUGAGGCGCGAUGGGAACGUAGACGUUCUAGGCAUCCUCUGUCAAAUGAGGUAAAUGAGCCAUUAAUUGGGAGUACAAAUUCAUUUGGUGAUGGACAUUUAAGUUAAAUGCUUAAAUGUGAAGUUGGCUGUGAAGAAAUACAAUUAAGGCCGGUAUUCAGAGUCGUUGCUUAUU